AUGGCACUUAAAUUAGAUAUGAGCAAGGCCUAUGACAGAGUUGAAUGGGGUUUCCUUGAAGCAGUGUUGAAAAGAAUGGAGUUUGGGGGACAGUGGAUAAACCUGAUUAUGAAGUGUGUUAGCACAGUGAAAUAUUCCAUUUUGAUUCAUGGUUCUUUUCAGCAAACUUUAUAUCCCUCUAGAGGUAUAAGGCAAGGAGACCCUAUUUUCCCUUACUUUUUCAUUCUUUGCUCAGAAGUGUUGGGUCAAAUGUUGGAUAAGACUGAGAAAAGAGGUUUUAUUUCUGGCUUUCCCUUUGCUAGAGGAUCUUUACUGGUUAACCACCUCUUUUUUGCAGAUGAUAGUUUGCUUUUUUGUAAGGCUAAUCCUUUGGAGUGGAUCAAACUUUUCAAAUUACUCAACUCUUAUGAAGCUGCUUCAGGUCAAAAACUCAAUAUUGACAAAUCUGCUAUUUUCUUUAGCAAGAACACUAGAGUUGAUGCAGAACUAGCUAUUCUCUCUACUACAAGAAUGAAGGAAGCUAAGUCCUUUGAGAAAUACUUGGGUCUCCCAUCUUAUGUGGAAAAACAGAAAAUGACAGCUUUUAGACCCAUCCUGGACAGUAUUCGAAAUAGGAUGCAAAGUUGGAAAGUAAAAUUUCUCUCUAAGGCAGGUAAAGAAGUGUUGUUGAAAUCAGUGGUGCAGGCUAUCCCAACAUAUUGCAUGAGUAUCUUCAAGCUUUCCAGAACAAUUUUGAUGGCCAUCAACAAACUUAUGCAGAAAUUCUGGUGGGGCAGUAGAGGAGACAGGAUCAAAACCCAUUGGAUUUCUUGGAAAUUGCUUCGUAAGUCUAAACUGGAAGGAGGACUUGGCUACAGAGAUUUUGAAGAUUUUAAUGUGGCUCUCCUAGCUAAAGAGGGCUAG